AAAAAUUCCCGACGCACUUGCUGUGAUUCUCAACUUUGAACAAACUAUGCUUGCCGAUUGAAUCACAUAACAUCCGAAGUGCGAGCCGUUUUCGUCUGCGUGCUCUCGACUUGGCGAGGGAGCAAUGGCCAACAAGGCGGCGCCAGACCAGAAAGCCGGCGAGGCGGCAGCAAAUCCGUUGGAGUUCCAUGUGUAUGGCCCCCGAAGCCUGUCCUCCACGAGCUGGAGAGAUCUCCUUAGCUCAAGCUGGAAGAACUCCAGCUACCGGCGGAUGGUGAUCGCGUGCUUCAUCCAGGGGGCGUACCUGCUGGAGCUGGAUCGCCAGGAGAAUCGCGACGGGGGAACCGCCCUGGCGCCGCAGUGGUGGCGGCCCUUCAAGUACAGGCUCGCCAAGCCGCUCGUCGACGACCGCGACGGCUCCAUCUACGGCGCCGUCCUCGAGUGGGAUCACCAGGCCGCUCUGUCGGGCUUCGUCCCGUUCCGCCCCGCCCGCGCGCCGGCCGCCGUCGUGGUGCUGCGGGGCACGGUGCUCAGGGCGCCCACGGUCCGGCGCGACGUGGCGGACGACCUCCGGUUCCUGGCCUGGGAGAGCCUCAAGGGCUCCGUGCGCUUCCCGGGCGCCCUGGCGGCGCUGCGGGACGCGGCGCGCAGGUUCGGCGCGGGACACGUGUGCGUGGGCGGGCACUCGCUGGGCGCCGGGUUCGCGCUGCAGGUGGGCAGGGCGCUGGCCAAGGAAGGCGUGUGCGUGGAGUGCCACGUGUUCAACCCGCCGUCGGUGUCGCUGGCCAUGAGCCUCAGGGGCUUCGGCGAGCUGCUGGGCCGUGCGCGCGCGUGGAUUCCCUUCGUGGGCGGAUCCUCCCAGUCCCAGCAGGCUGCGGGGGACGCGGGCGGCGAGAGCGAGGCGAGGGCGGCGCUGGCGCAGACGGGGAUGGGGAAGUGGCUGCCGUACCUGUACAUCAACACCAACGACUACGUGUGCUGCUACUACACCGACACGGCCGGCGGGACGGCGACGGUGGCGACGGACGGCGGGGGCAAGGCAGGAGGAGGGGUGGCCACGAUGCUGGUGGUGUCCAAGGGGCCGAGCAAGUUCCUGGCGGCGCACGGGCUGGAGCAGUGGUGGGCUGACGAUGUCGAGAUGCAGGUGGCGCUCAACCACAGCAAGCUCAUCGGCCGCCAGCUCUGCUCGCUCUACGCCUAGGUUUAUUGUUGUUGUCGUGCCCGGCGGCGGGAGCAAGGAUUACUCCUAAUUUCGAAAACUUCUGAACAAAAUUCAUGAAUAACAUCUCGUUUUCUUUUGCAAUGAAUAGAGAGCAGAAAUUGGGGAAGAAUUUAAUGUUUAAAACGUUUGUGCUCCUCUGGAGUGCGUGCUCUUAUUCGUUUUGAGUCACCCCUACAAUUUUUUAGAAUGGAUGUGGUUAUUUCA